AUGGCCGUGUCACCCAGGACUCCCCAAGCUGGUGCGCCUGCCAAAAGUGCCGGUAAGGAUGACGCGAAGCGGGCAUCGCAGUUUGUGGACGGUGCCUCCGAUGAGUUUGAAUUUGGAGGCUCUAUAGGCUCGGCAAUGCUGAUGUCGGGAUUUCCUCUCCUGAUGUGGUAUAUGUGGAUUGGUGCAACUUACUAUGAUGGCAAGAUUCCUUUGCCCGAAGCCGAUCAGACCUUGGCCGAUUUUGGGCGCCAUCUUUGUCAUCUUGUCUACGAGGGAGCCUACCCGACCGCCAAAGCAUGGGCAACUUAUUGGAUCUUCUUCAUUGCAGAGGCGCUGAUGUAUUGCUACAUGCCAGGUGUGUCGGGCUUUGGCCGACCCUUGAAGCAUGAAGGGGGCAAGAGACUUCCUUAUUACUGUUCAGCGUACUCGAGUCUCCAUGCAACACUUGCAAUCGCCGCCAUCUUCCAUGUGACGGGCGUGUAUCCAUUGUACACGCUGAUCGAUGAGUUUGGCCCUCUGAUGACGGUCUCAAUCCUGUCUGGGUUCUUGAACAGUUUCAUCGUUUACUUCCAGGCGAUCAUCCGUGGACGAACCAUUCGCCUGUCUGGCUCUCCUAUCUAUGACUUUUUCAUGGGUGCAGAGCUCAAUCCGCGCAUUGGAAUUCUGGACUUUAAGAUGUUCUAUGAGGUCAGAAUCCCAUGGUUCAUCUUGUUGCUCAUCACUUGCUCGGUGGCGGCGCGCCAGUAUGAAACCUUGGGAUACGUCUCGGCCGAGGUCAUGUUCCUGGUUGGAGCACACUACCUGUACACCAACGCGUGUGCCAAAGCCGAGGAGAUGAUCAUCACCAGUUGGGACAUGUACUUUGAAAAACUCGGGUUCUUGCUCACCUUCUGGAACAUGGCCGGAGUGCCUUUCACUUACUGCCAUUGUGCGCUCUACUUGGCCAACCGGGACCCCUCUGAGUAUCGGUGGAAUCGCUUUGCUCUCGCCCUGUUCGCUGUAGCGUACAUCUUCUUCUAUUGGAUGUGGGACAGCGCCAAUGGACAAAAGAACGCUUUCCGACACCGAGGCAGAGGCGGGCAAUUUGUCAAGCGCAAGACGUUCCCUCAAGUGCCCUGGCAAGCCAUCGAGAACCCCAAGACAAUCAAAACGGAUACUGGUGAUGAUAUCAUGGUCGACGGCUGGUUUGCAAUUAUCCGAAAGCCAAACUACGUCCCUGACAUGUUCUUCUCCUUCGCAUGGGGUCUGAUCACCGGUUUCAAGAGUGUCUACCCAUGGUUCUAUUUCGUCUUUUUCAUGGUGAUGAUCCUUCACCGCACCAACCGGGAUGUGAACCGUUGUCGUCGAAAGUACGGCGAGGCCUGGAAGCGUUACGAGAAGGAAGUGCCAUACUUGUUCAUUCCCUACGUCAUCUAA